AUGUCAGCACUGAUGACCCUAAAGCAAAGGUACGCCUACCCUGAAGGAUUUCUCAUAAUCAGUCUGUCCAACUUUUCCUUUUGUCCUCCAAAUGUCAAGGUGCUCUACGUUGCUCGAAAUCCAAAAGAUGCCGCGGUAUCCUAUUACCAUUUCUGUCACUUCAUAGACGCAUUACCCUCAUACGAAUCUUGGGACGUCUUCUUUGAAGAGUUUCUCGCCGGCAGGGUUCCUCAAGGAUCGUGGUUUGAAAACGUGUUGCCAUGGUGGAAGAGAAGGAACCAUCCAAAUGUUCUCUUUCUGAAGUACGAGGAUAUGAAGAAGGAUCUUCCAGCAGCCGUCAAGCAAAUCGUCGAAUUUAUGGGGAAGUCUUUCACCGCUGACGUCAUAAAGAAGAUAUCGGACGCGUCGACAUUCAAAGCGAUGAAAAAGAGUCCGUCAGCGAAUCCUGAUUUUUUAAUUAAGGGUGAAGUGGCUGAGGGAAGUAGAUCCUUCAUGAGAAAAGGUAUAGUCGGAGAUUGGAAGAAUUAUUUCACAGACGAUCAAAACAAACGAUUUGACGAGUUUUACAACAAGGAAAUAGCUGGCUCAGGACUCGAAAUGGAUUUCGGACCUGCAUAACUUUUUUUUCAGGCCAACACGGGUUUUUAUUAGUUCGAAGCAUGCUUAGUAUCUGGGGAAAAUUUCAAUAAAUUAAAUUGAA